ACUUUUGUUAUGAUUUCUUGUUCUUUAAAGCAGAUAUAUCAUGCAGCCGAAUAAUCACAUGCAGCGAAACAACCCAUGGGGGUUUCAGGCUCAAAACUGGUCACAGCCAAUGACAAGGGGUCCCCCACCCCAUCAGCAUCAAAGACCAAACAUAAACAGGUUUGGAUCGCCACCAGGACAGAGACCAAACUUUCAACCAAGGGGAUUUAACCAACACAUGGGAUCUCCACGUCAAGGAAUGGAUGUGCAAAAUCCUAGAAUGGGGCUUCAACAGCAAGGGAUGUCACCUGGAAUGUCACAUGGACAACCAAGGUUCCAAAACAACCAGCCUUUUCAUGGUAAUCAAAGUCAGUUUCAGGGACCUUAUCAUCAGCAACAAAAAUAUUCAGGGUCCAAGACCCAAUCAGCACCCAGGGCAAAUGUUCAAUAGACCUCCAAACCGACCAAUG